AUGAGCUCGCAGCGCUAUUCACGGGUGAAUCCCCAUGAUGAAGAGGAAGGGCCGCAUUCCUAUCCGCUGAAUACACGAUCCGAACAUAACCCUUCUACGACUCCCUCUUACCGUUCCGGAUCCCGCUCUUCCUCCCCGUCGUCGAGGCGGUUAUUACACGACGAUCCCCUACACAGUAAUGAUGAACGGACGCUGGCCGAUGCCUUCGGGGACGAAGACGUGUCUGACGAUGAUAAUGAGCCGGAUGAUAGACAGCGCUUGAUGCGUGCUGACCCCGGCUUCCGGACGCCGCCGGAUAACAGCCCUAUCGCCACGCCGUCCUCAUCGGACGCGAGGGGUGAUAUAAUGGGGUCAUCUCCGUCAGGUGGUCUAAGGCGACCUACGGUAUUACCAACUUUCCCAGCUCCGUCUUCUGGGGGCAGUCGGCAGAUCGCUCCAUCUAAUGAUGGUGUCUUUGCCAACCUGGCCGCUAAACCAGAACGAGGCGGGAAGAGUGAGGAUCUUCCUCCUUCAUAUGAAGAAGCCGCCGCCGAUGCAACGCCCCCGUAUUGGGAGACCACCAUUGUGGCACCUGGUAUCUCGUCCGACGAGGUUUACGUUGAUGGACUACCCGUGGGCUCCGUUUUCUCAUUCGUCUGGAAUGCGAUGAUCUCAAUGUCAUUCCAGCUCGUUGGCUUCUUGCUGACCUAUCUCCUUCACACCACCCAUGCCGCAAAGAACGGCAGUCGAGCUGGUCUCGGCCUUACUCUUGUUCAAUAUGGUUUCUAUAUGAAAGGCGGCAGCGACAGUUCAGGCUCUGAUGGUGGAGGCUCAGAAUACGUUCCUCCCCCUGACCCCAACAGCCAUAACUUCGACCCGAACUCAGUUGGCGAGGGUGGGGGCGAUGGAGGAAAUGGCGCUAUGUCCGGUAUCAGCACGAGUGAAUGGGUCUCAUAUGUCCUCAUGAUUGUUGGAUGGUUUAUUCUGAUCCGUGCGGUCAGCGAUUUCCUGCGGGCUCGACGCCAUGAACAGCUCGUCUUGCAGAGUCCAGAUCGCGGGCUGGGUGUACCGGUCAUUGCAGAAGGCGAACGGUCCGAGACUGUUGUUUAA